UAUAUAUUGCCACAAACUACAUACAUCAUUUAAUGUUCACACAAGUCAUACUUGUGGUACCUAUCGCAACGUCGAUCUUGGUUAGGACAUGGAUAUUGACAAGGUUGUAACUAUUUUCGUUAAGGACACAUAAGGCACUCAAGGCAUAUUAAUUUGAUACAUUAAAUAUGGAAUAACAUCACUUUGUGACUGGUAUUGGGAAUAAUGUGUGUUAUUGUUUCUAUAUGGUUCAAGGAUAUGGAUCACUGUUGUUUAUAUAUCUAAAAUUUUGGCGAAUGGAAGUCAAACAAACAUGCCACAUGUGUGUAUGGUGAUUAUAAUCACAGAUCUAUAUGUAUAAUAUCAUUAGGGCAUCGCAUGACUGCUAACUGGGAGAGUGUGUUUUCUGUCUACUUUUUGUGCAAAAGUUAAAGGUAUUGUUUCCCUUGUAUUACUAUCGCGGCUGCAAAAGGGAUUUCAAAUAUGUUAGUUGGUGUUAUAUGAGUAUUAUGACAUGCGUAUAAUAACCAUCGCAAGAUGACGGCGACUGAUGAACGUGACCGGGAUACCCGUAGCGCUCAUUCUACUAAAGUUAUGAGCAGGUAUUAUACCGGGUCGCUUAACAGCAUUAAAGGUGUUGCCAUGAGCUUUGCUUCAUAUGAAUUCGGAACGUCGGGGUCGUUUGAUGCCGGUGUUACGAUACGCGAUGUAUUGUCUCGCCGAGCGACACCUGAAACACGAGCAGAAGGACUACGACAAUUCAGAAAGGAUUCAUCACAGCAAACAUUUUACAAUUCGAAACGUGUUGGAAUUGUUUUGAUAAUCAUGGGAUUGAUUAACACGUUGUUAUUUACAGUUAUUCAAAUAACAAGAUCAUCGCAUGUAGAGUGUUCUAUCCCGAUUGUCGAUGACGCUACCGAUGGACAGGGCGAAUGGUCUACAAGAAUAGAUUCAUCCAAUUGUAUAGGAGACGUUAGUAAAUUCAAACAGGCUGAUAAGAUCAAUGUUUAUUACACGAUUCACAACUAUCCUUUUCAUGCUGCUUCUGUCUUUGGUCUACAUUCAAAGUCGCAGUUGGAAGGUAAAGAGGUGUCAAAAGAUGAGGUUUGGAGAUGUUACCCUUUUAACCAUGUGCUAGAAGAUGGCAAAGAACAGCAGAUUUAUCCUUGCGGCCCUCACCUGUGGAAUCUUUACAACGAUACCUUUAGUUUCUCAAGGAGACCAUUAGACAAGACUCAGAACGGCGCCUCAUUGAAGGAUGAUAUCAUCCCACUAGAUGAAUCACAACAUAUAUUGGCAAAUUAUCAAGAACAUGCCGACGCUAGAAACCCCCUAGAUCAGACAAUCAGCCAUUUAUACAAAAACGUGUAUUAUUGGCUUCACUCAACCUCCAAUAUGGCGACUUUGCAAUCAGCUCCAAACAAAUCGCAAACGCAGCGAGACGGGAAAUACCCUAAUAAAAAGACCCUUGCCGAAGUACGUGCAAUUGAGAAGUUAAUGACGGCUCCUAACGCUGGAACCGGUGUGGAAAAUGGACAUGUAAUACAAUGGAUGACUCCAUCACCAUUUAAAACAAUAAAAAAAUUGUAUGGUGUUCUGAAAGGCCCGAUUGAAUUCCCUAUAUACGUCAACGCGCACAUCGGAUAUGACACAGCAAAAUUUGGAGGACGGAAAACGCUUUCUUUGGUCGUACCAUCAUGGCCAUACGGUAAACUUACAUCAGUUCAGACAUUUAUAGGAACUCUGGUUCUGUUAAGUUUCCCCCUUUCGUUGAUAUUGUUGCUAUCAAAGACGGGCGACACCGGACGUUGCGUUAAUCUCAUUUGAUUGACACGCAUAACCCU